AUGGGCUUCUUCCAGCGCUGCGUGGCCAGGAGCCUCCUGCAAAGACAGCGGAGUCUGUGCGGCUCCACGCCGGGCUCGGAGCGCCUUAAGCCGGAGGCGGCGGCGCCAGCAGCCCGCUCCCUGGGGCCUGGCUCCAGGCGCCCCUACAGCGCCGGGAUCCCCGGGAUCCAGGAGCGGACGCUGGUGGCGGUGAAGCCAGACGGAGUGCAGAGGAGGCUGGUCGGUGACGUGAUCAAGCGCUUUGAGAGGCGCGGAUUCAAGCUAGUUGGCAUGAAGCUGCUCCAGGCCAAUGAGGGGAUCUUGGCAGAACAUUACCAUGAGCUGCGGAGGAAGCCCUUCUACCCAGCACUGAUCCAUUACAUGACCUCAGGCCCAGUGGUUGCCAUGGUAUGGGAAGGUUACAACGUGGUCAGGACUUCCAGGGCCAUGGUAGGAGAUACCGACUCCGCUGAAGCCAAGCCUGGGACGAUCCGGGGAGAUUUCAGCAUCCACAUCAGCAGGAACAUCGUUCACGCCAGUGACUCAGUGGAGACGGCCCAGAGGGAGAUCAGUUUGUGGUUUCACAGCAGCGAGUUGGUGGACUGGGACUGCUGUGACUACAGUAACACUUACCAGCUCUGA